AAAAUCAAUAGAGAUCAAGCAGAGCAUUUAAAAUCUAAAGUGAAAGCAAUGACAAAAUAUCAUCUCAUUUUAUGGCUAAACAUCGCAUUUAGUCUGAAAUUCCUAGUAGCCGCUGGCCAAAACACUAAUCUGUUACCCCAACGUUAUAGACUAAUCGAAUAUGCCUUUCAUAAUCUAAACAAAAUAACUUGGUCCGAAGAAGUUUUAAACCAAACCACUCUUUACCUGAGCGAUUUAAAGGAAUGGACAUUAUGGAGGAACCAAACUUUUGUGGAUUUGAACAUCUUUGAGGAACUUCAGCAGACAAUUGAUACAAAUUUAAAUGUUCUGAAGGAAUUAAAACACAACCCCGAAAGUUGUUCGCAAUUAUGGAAAGCUAAAGCUCAACACAAUCAAUUGAAACAAUUUCAAUCUCUAAUUGAUGAUGAGCAAGUGCUGCGAGAGUGGAUGGAAAGAGAUAGAAUUUUAAUGAGACGAAUGUUAUAUUUUACAAUUCGAAAGUAUAAAAAAUUCUUUGAUAAUCUACAGCUCAAGGUUGAGGAAUAUCUAAACAAUUUGCAGCCUUAUGAAGCCAUGAUGGAGACAACUCUUCAGCAAUGGAUUAAAAAAUUUAAAAGCGAGAACGAUUUUGUUGAAAGGCUAUUUCUGAUGACAGAAUUUACAAAUUUAUUUAAGGAAGAAAUGAAUGAAUUGGUAUCAAAUUGUAUGAUAUCUUAGGAAAAAGAAAAGUAAUUAAAUAAAGUUGCGAAAUAUUA